CUCCUCACUACCGCUCUAACGAGCAGCACACCGGCUAAACCCUAUCACCACAGCGGUCCGAUCCACCAAAGUUUCUCCUAGGGAAGAAGUAUAAGUGCAACGUAAACCUACAAUUCGUACGGGAGGCCAGUGUGAAUGACGACUACACCGUUUUUUUUUUGGAGAAAGUCUUACAGAUGCUAAUUUCUCCGGGAAUGGAGUAAAGCAGCGGAUAGAAAGGUGGAGCAGAGCGAUUGGCAGCUUUUUGGAGGUGGGCAGAACUAAUGGCGCGAUCCGCGUAACAUCUAUCGAGGGGACCGACCGAGAGGAGUGGGAAAUAUCUUCCAUCAACACGCACAAUAAUACCACUACAAACCGCGAGUAGCCAGGAUGUUGUCCACGUUGUCGCGGCUGAGAGAGCUAAUAUGGCAGGACUGGAUUUGGUUCCCCCCUGGGCUGGGCUGGGCCGACCUGCAGGACCAUGACGGCAAGGUGUACCCCAAGAUGGGGGACCUGUGGUUCACCCUCCCCGUGGCCCUCUGCUUCCUGCUGAUCCGGCAGGUCUUUGAAAGGACGGUGGGCACCCCCAUGGCCGGCCUGCUCGGCGUGAAGGACAAACACAGAGUCAGCGCCACGCCCAAUCCAGCCCUGGAGGCGUACUUCUGUCGCACAUCAAAGCACCCCGAACCGAGCUGCAUAGAGAGUUUGAGCAAGACGUCGGGGUACUCUGUGCGUCAGGUCCAGCGGUGGUUCCGGCGGAGGAGGAACCAAGACCGGCCCAGUAAGGUCAAGAAGUUCCAGGAGGCCAGUUGGAGAUUUACAUUUUACCUUAUUGCUUUCUUUGCUGGCCUGUGGGCUCUUAUUGAUAAACCAUGGUUUUGGGAUAUGAAGGAGAUGUGGACCGGCUUCCCUAAAAUGCCGCUGCUCCCCUCCCAGUACUGGUAUUACAUGUUGGAGCUGGGCUUCUACGUCUCAUUGGUUUUAAGCGUGGCAACAGACGUCAAGCGCAAAGAUUUCAAAGAGCAGAUAGUUCACCAUGUGGCCACCAUCCUCCUCAUCAGCUUCUCCUGGCUGGUGAACUACAUCCGGGCUGGGACGCUGAUCAUGCUGGUGCACGACACAUCCGACUCCCUCAUGGAGUCUGCCAAGAUCUUCAACUACGCCGGAUGGAGAAGAACCUGCAACUUCUUCUUCACCAUGUUUGCUGCAGUAUUCAUCGUGACCCGUCUUGUCAUCCUCCCCUUCUGGAUCAUACACACAACGUGGGUGUACCCCCUGACCCUCUACCCCGCCUUCCCCGGCUUCUACUUCUUCAACGGCCUGCUGAUCGUGCUACAGUGUCUGCACGUCUUCUGGGCCAUCCUCAUCCUGCGUAUGGUCGUCAAGUUCCUGCCGGGAAAUCAUAUCGUGGCGGAUGAGAGGAGCGACCACGAAGAGAGCGAGACUGAAGACGAGGACGCGGAGCACAGCAGGAAGGAGGUAUCCAAGAACGGCCACGCACAAAACGGCCACACGCCACUGAACAACAAUCACGGCAAGAUGGAGUGACUGGGCCGAGGGCAGGAGCCAAGGAAAAGGACAUGUCGGAAUGAAAAUAAAAUGGCGCCUUAACAUCAAGCCUGCAAUUUGAAGGCCAAAGAUCGGGAGAAAUGGUUUGUGUGCAAAGGUCAGGCAUGCAUUUCCCCCCCUCCCUACCCUACACACACACUCACACACAA